CAUAGAGUUGUGCUUGCUUUGCUAAACCAAACUUCGAGUGAGUCUAUAUAUAUAUUGAACACAACCAUUUUUCUCAAAGUCACACCUGAAAUUCAUAUAAUACGAAAACAUAACAUACAGCUUAUGGAUUCAAAAAAAGUGACGAACAUGAGCGCUAUCGUAAAGAAGACGAGAGGACGGCAAAAGAUCGAGAUGAAAAAGAUGACGAAUGAGCGGAACCUUCAAGUGACAUUCUCAAAGCGUCGCAAUGGGGUCUUCAAGAAAGCAAGUGAGCUCGCAACCCUUUGUGGAGUGGACCUUGCUGUUAUCGUGUUCUCACGUGGUGAAAGAGUUUUCUCCUUUGGCACCCCCAACGUGGAUUCCGUCAUCCAACGUUAUACGGGGAGGGUUGCUCCUCCCCUUACUAGCUUGGCCCACCUCACUGUGGAUGAGCGUGAGCUCCAUGCACACCUUGGCUAUCUAUCCAACCAGUUUGCUGCAGAGAAGAAACGGGAGGAGGAACUGAGUCGUUUGCUGAAGACUGCGGAGAAUCACUUUUGGUGGGCCACACCAAUUGAAAACAUGAACAAAGCCCAGCUUGAAAAGUUCAAGAUUGCAUUGUUGAAUUUGAAGACACGUAUUGAUGAGAAAAAAGAAAAGUUACUCGAUGAGAGCACUUAUAACUCUCCUCAUUUUUUUGCAGGUGGAGGUUCCUCUUCCAAUGUUAAUGACACUAUGAAUGUAUGCCCACAACCAUUUUUGAGGAACCAUGUGAUUGAUGGGAGCGUCACGCGCAACCGUCGAUUUAACAACAUGUUCAGAGAUGGACAUGAACAAGGACAUGGACAUGGACCUGGACCUACUUUUGGGUUCUUUUGAUUGUCUUAGAAAAGAUCCUUUGUUGAUGAUGCCUUAUUCAGUUAUUUAAAUUUUAAGUUUAUGUUGUUUAAUUUUCGUUCAAAGUGAGCAUUGGCUUAGCUAGUUUCAUGUGUGGGACAUGGUUAGGACUAAUUAGCUAGGUUACGUUUCAGGUUUUCCUUGUUUUGAGUAAUCUUCAUCUUGUGAUGGUGAAGUGUAUUUCCUUUAGGUUGUAUCUAAGUUUUAUGUUUGAGGGACUAUAGUGUUGCACAUAGUUCUACAUGUGUUUGAAUAAAAAGGCAUCUUAUUUUUAUAUA